GUGGCCCAGACAGAUGGCCUCGUCCAAUGGGCUCUGUCGGUACGGCGCCCGCAUCGACUGCUGCUGGGGGUGGACACGUGUCUCCUGGGGCCAGUGCCAGCCGGUGUGUCAGCACGGAUGCAAACACGGAGAAUGCGUGGGACCCAACAAAUGCAAGUGCCAUCCAGGUUAUACAGGAAAAACAUGCAACCAAGAAGAGCAGGGCUAUGUUAGCCCCCCAUUAUGGCACAGUCGCCCUCCCGUUUAUGUUCCCAUGGACCACCAGCCGAUUGCGGUGCCUUCGGAGGACUUGAACGAGUGUGGCCUCAAGCCUCGGCCGUGUAAACACAGGUGCAUGAACACGUACGGGAGCUACAAAUGCUACUGCCUAAACGGCUACAUGCUGCUGCCUGAUGGGAGCUGUGGAAAUGCCCGGACAUGCAGCAUGGCGAACUGCCAGUACGGCUGUGAGGUAAUGAAAGGAGAAGUUCGCUGCCAGUGCCCUUCUCCAGGUCUACAGCUGGCUCCAGAUGGCAGGACCUGUGUAGACGUGGAUGAAUGUGCCACAGGUCAAGCGGUUUGUCCUCGCUUCCGUAAGUGCAUCAACACAUUUGGGAGCUACAUCUGCAAGUGCCACGAUGGCUUCGACCUGCAGUACAUCAACGGGAAAUAUCAGUGUGCAGAUGUGAAUGAAUGCUCUUCAAAUCAACACCAGUGUAGUCCACACGCCACCUGUUAUAACACACCUGGUUCAUACAAGUGCAAGUGUAAGGACGACUACAGAGGGGUGGGCUACGACUGCAAACCCAUCCCAAAGGUGGUAAUUGACCCGCCACGACCUGGAAAGACCACACCGAGCAGCAAUAACAACAAAGGGGGCAAUAAAAUUCCAGGCUCAGACCAGAAGAGGACCACCACAACAAUCAGACCACCAGUGACGGCUAAACGGAUCUCACCUACAAUAACCACUGAACCUCCUCCAACCAAAAAAAUCACCCCUCCAGCGAGAGUCCCAACGACCACCACCCGUAGGCCUCUCAUCCCAACACGUAAACCCCCUGUGGUGGCGACGACCAAACCUAAGCCCCCAUCCCGUCAAAAGCCUACCACAAAAUCCCCGGUGGUUACAACGGUGGUUCCCUUUAUUCCAACACACAGACCUUUCAUCCCAUUUGUGACGCCAGUUGAUAACAGCAUUAAAGACAAUAACCAGAAACAAAGAGGGGAUGUUCACAUACCACGAAAUCAUGGGCAGAACAAUGUGCUUGAUAUCGAUUUAGACAUUGAACUGGGCAACACGGAAGAGGAGCUGAAGGAUGCCCCAGAGACUGGACACCUGAGCUGCUCUUUUGACCACGGUCUCUGUGCAUGGAUCCAGCGCAGAGAGGGAGACCUUCACUGGGAGACAACAUCAGAUCCUUCAGGUGGGCGUUACCUGACGAUCUCAGAGGGCGGAGAGAAGCGAGGUGGGCGUGGCGCUCAGCUGAUCCUCCCCCUGACUGCGCCCUGGAACGAGGGGAACCUCUGCCUGGCCUUCAGACACAACAUGGCAGGGCACCACGUGGGCAUGCUGCAGGUGUUCGUCCAGAAGGGGCGGCAGCACAGUCCCGCCGUCUGGGGUCGAACGGGAGGAAACGGCUGGAGGUCGACGCAGAUCACCAUUUGGGGCAAUGGGCUAGAAAGCGUGGUUGUGAAGGGCGAGCGGCGGAGAGGCCGUAAAGGCGAAAUAGCGCUGGACGACAUGAGUCUCAAACGGGGCUCCUGUCAGGAAGAGCACAAUCUGAGGAGACUUUAACACCGACAGAGACUUUUAAUGCCAGCUUUAUUCAUGGGACUCUAGGAAGACGGACACUUUACAGAAAUGGAAGUGGCUUCCUGUCAGUCCCAGUACAGUUUCGGUGCACUUCCUCUGGCCUUCCUCAGUGGCUACAAGUGCAUGUUCCAGCUCAGUACAGUGCUGCAGGGAUGACAUAUUUUUUAUAGGCCAAAUCCUUGAAGUUUGCAUUUUCCUACUUUAGUUCAUCGUCCUAAAGUCAAUGAUUUUAAU